AUUUAAAUUAUUUUUCAUUAUGGCAGAGGUUGAAUAAUUAUCAGAAGAGCUUACUACUUUAAAAAGAGUUGUCUAAACUUCCUUACAUAGAGGAUAAUUAUCAAAGGGUGUACAUGAAGUUUGCAAAGCUAUUGAAAGCAAAUAAGUUGACUUUUAAUAAUAUUGCAAUAGGCUAAGUUUGUUGUGAUGGCUGAUGAUUGCACUGAAGAGACCUAUAAAAAAUUAGUUGUUGCUUUAGCUAAGCAAUUCCAAAUUCCUGUUUGGAGAGUUGAGAAAGGUGCUUUAUUAGGUGAAUGGAUUGGAAUUUCAAAGUUUUUAACUAAAACAAAGAAAAUUAAAUCAAGAAAGUGCUCAUCUUUAGCAGUUAAAGAUUUCGCAAUUGAAGUUAGUGAAGCUGAAAAGGAAUUCAUAGAAGGAAAAAUUAAAGGAUUGUGAGAGUAUUUUAUCUGUACAACAUAUAAAACAAAGUAUAUUAAU